AUGUAUUAUAUAUUCAUUUCUUUCUUUAUUUUCAGUGCAGUGCAAUUUUAGCAAAUAAGUUUUGAUCAGUGCAAAUGCAAAAUCUCAUUUGAAAAUUUUGUCUAAAAAUAAAAAAUAAAAUACCCAUAAGAAACUGUGAAAAAAGUUCACCAAUGUGUUUUUAAAAUCAAACCCCUCCAAAAAAGCAUUUAACUCGGUCGGCGUCGAAAAAUCAAUCGGCUACACGUCGUUUAUGUGUGCGCGUUCUCGCUUUCACGUGCGUUGUAAAUAAAUAAUAAAAAAAAAUUAUAAAAAUACGAAGUGUUGCUUUUUUCAAUAUAUUUCCGCGCUAGUUCGGGAAUUUUUAUUUCAAAUAUAUAUAUUAUUUUUUAAUUUUGACGCGUGUGCUUUUCAAUAGUCUCUCUCUAAACGGCAAAGUGUGCGAAAUUCGCCAAAAUUGCUUAGCGGUUUCGGGCGCGUGCGCGUACUACUCCGCGGACGUUUCGCACGCCGCCACAAUGCAUCCGCCUACGGGCAAGCGAUGCCGGCAAACCAGCGACUCCAACAAAGUAAUAAUGGCUGUACGUAGGAUCAAUGCAACAGGUAUGGCGACAACUGCCAACAACAAAAACGACACAACAACUACAGCGGCAACAUGUGCGGCGCCGACAACAACGAAAACGAUAGGCAAUCGUUGCCGUCAGCUGAGUGUGUUGGUGUGUUUAGUCGCCAUCAUCGCCUUAAAUAAUUUCGGCUGCCUGCUGUCAACGACAACGGCUACUAUGCAACGGGAAAAUAUGCGAGUGCUGCCAUUGCCAGAAGGUUUGUACUCAUUGUUGAUGUAAAAUAUUCGCUUGAAAGCAACAGCAACAUGGCUUGCGAACCAUUAGUUGGAAACGUACAUAUGUAUUAUGCAUGCAUGAGUUUUACAAAAAAAAAAAAAAAAAAAAAAAAAAAAUACAGAAAAACAGAAGGCGAAAAACGUAAGAGCGAGCUUUUCUAUGUCAUAGCUUUAAAUUUUAAAUGCAACCUCCAUACACGAAUCAAUUGAAAAGAUUAAACUGAAACAAAUAAAAAAUUAAAUAAGCUCUAAAUGGGGUUAAAGCGGGUUAAAAAGCAAUAAUAACAUACAACUGGAUUACAAAGCAGUGCUCGAAAAAUGUUAGUCACAUUUCACUCAAAUUGAAAAACUGGUGUAAAUUUUGUAAGUUUUAUGUACAAGGUGGCUCAAAGAGUGUCAUUCUGCAAACACUUUACAGUCAGAGGCUGUUGCAAUUGAGUAACGAAAAGUCAGACUUUUUAGGGAAAUUAGUGAUGACUCAUGAGGCUCAUUACAACCUCUUUGGAUAAGUAAGCAAAUAUGUAAAGAAACAUUUGUUUCUAAUAGCGGUUGCCCCUCGGCAGGCAAUGGCAAACAUCCGAGUGUAUUUCGGCUCUUCAUAAAAAGCAGCCAUUCGGAGUCGGCUUAAAACCUUAGAGCCCUCCAUUUGAGGAACAACAUCAAAACGCACGCCACAAAUAAAAGUAAGAGCUUGGCCAAAUAGCUAACAGAAGUGUACGCGCUAAUUAUUGAUUUAUUUAUUUUAUUCUAAUCUUUAAAACAUGGAUUGAUACGUAGACAAAUUGCCAAGCCAUUAUUUUAGCAACCACAGGUCGUAAAAAAAUUCUCCAAUUUUUUUUCUUUUUUUGAUAACAUACGCGACAUCAACCUUUUAGCGCAUUUUUUCGGAAAAUGAGAAAUCGCUUUAGGUAUUCGUGAGCUCUAAGACGACUGAGCAUCAAUAUAUGGAAGGUGCAGAGCAGUAUCUUCACGGAAUUGAUAACAGUCAUUUUUAACAGUCCCUUUCCCUGCAUCCAUAUAUCAGAACAUUUAGUAAAUGACCAUCUAGCGUCCACAAUUCAUAAAACUUUACUCCAUAUUUUGCUUUUUUACUAGCGAUGUAUUGCUUAAAACUUAGGUGUCCGCACCAUAGCAUGAAAACUUCGUCCAAAGACAGAUUUUCGCCAGAAUAAUAAGUGAUUUGCAUAUUGCGCAAGAUAUGUACCAGCACUUGGUCAAUUUUGUGCAACCAGCCAGAAGUAUCGUCUCUUGGUCUAUAAAAACGAAAUUUCGAAGUAUUGUCUUAAAUUUAUUUCUCCACAUCACUUUUUCGAAGAAGAAUAUUUUGCAUAACGCACAACACAAAAAACAAGUUCUAUUUUUCAGAUGCAGUUGGAGUCCAAUUGUUCUGAUUUGACUUUUGCGACUUAAAAUGUUUUCGCGAAUCAGUUCGAUCGUGUGUUCAGUCAUGACUAUUGUUGAAUAACUGAUUGUCAAAAAUCAUCGAA